GAGUUUCAAAUAGCUGAUCAGAAAAUAGUUCAUUUUUCCAUUCACUUUAGCUCUCAGUAUACUGCUAAUUCUUCAUAGUUGCCUUCUAUCCCGAGUUACCUGAAUCUAUCAACUCGUACGCGAAUGCGCAAGCGCAAAAAAAAAAAAAAAAAAAAACUUCAGUGGCGUGAAGCUCCUCCGUCAGUAACAUUUUGCUGGGUGAAGAGCGACGUUUCAGGAUUUAAAUGGGGAUUUAACAACGGAACUCGUCUGGGGUUAUCGCAUUAGAAAAGAGCAGUGUGAACAGCAGUACUAGCGACACUGUCGACACGGGAAAAAAUAUUAUUAGGGGAAAUACCACUCGUGUUAGAAGUUUGCCUUUCUCUGACGCGGAAGCUAACUGGCUAACGUGAUUAGCAAGGGGCGAGAAAAGUCUUCGGACGAUUUGUCAACACCACAACGAGGCACGCUAAGGAACAAGCAACCGCUUUAAGAUGUCCUUGUUAUGAAAGAAAACUGAGUCGCUAGCACCCAAACCCGCAGCCGAUCUUCCCUGCUGGGCUACAGUUGGCCAUGGGGCCAAUUUUGAGUUAGAACGCUUGGAAGCAGCGUGCGUCCCCACCAACCAUGGGAGGAUGUGUGGGAAGAUACUGGGAACGGUGGGAUGACACACAGAGCAGAGGCUCGUCCAGGAACGGUGGCCGAGGAGGUCGUAAUGAACCACUGAAGAAAGAUCGACCCAAGUGGAAGAGCGACUAUCCGAUGACUGAGGGCCAGCUGCGGAGCAAGCGUGACGAGUUUUGGGACACGGCGCCCGCAUUUGAUGGCCGGAAGGAGAUCUGGGAUGCCCUGAAAGCUGCAGCAGUGGCUCUGGAGUGUAAUGACCACGAGCUGGCCCAAGCCAUCGUAGACGGAGCUAGCAUCACCCUACCGCACGGUACACUGACAGAGUGUUACGACGAACUGGGGAAUCGCUACCAGCUGCCCGUCUACUGCCUCGCUCCACCUGUCAAUCUAAUUUCAGAGCGCAGCGACGACGACCACAGCGACAGCCCCCAACCUCCUGUGGCGCCAAAGAAGGAAUUUCAGAUGAAGGUGCGCCUGUCCACAGGAAAGGACCUACGCCUAAGUGCCAGCAUGAUGGACACUAUUGGUCAGCUGAAGAAGCAGCUGCACGCCCAGGAAGACAUUGAGGCCGCUCAUCAGCGCUGGUUCUUCUCGGGAAAACUCCUCACAGAUAAGACGCGACUGCAGGACACCAAGAUCCAGAAGGACUUUGUCAUUCAAGUUAUUAUCAACCCUCAGGCUCUCCCCAAGGUGUCACCCACAACCACAAUCACCACCACCCCUGUAUCCGAAUAGCUGAGGUUAAAGCCAAAGGACCUAAAGCAGAAUAGAGCAUUUUAUUCUUCAAAAUGGAUGAAGGCACCACUACGUAUGCAAAGCCUCUCUGCCUUUGCCAUUUUAUUUCAACAAAUGCUUGCCCGGUCCCAAUGGGGAGAAGGUGAGGAGGUGUUUGCGUGGGCAUCACUGAACUUUUUAAAGACACUGCGAUCCUGCUUCUUUCUCUGGGGAAGACCGAAAGCAGGAUGGUAAUCUAAUAUUCUCUUAUAUAGUGGAAAUUAUGUUAAUGGAGCGUUUUGCACAUUUUAAGAAACUCGUAGGGGUUUGUGUGCCUUCGACAAGACAAAACAAAAAGGGCUCAUGUCCACAUGGAUAAAUUAAUCGCUAGGCUAGCCCUGUUAAAAACUGAGCUCAAUCCAAGCUAAACUGUCUUUUCUUUUUUUUUUUUAUGUGUGCAUGGAUGUGUGUGUGUGUGUGUGUGUGUGUGGUGUGUGUGUGUGUGUGUGUGCGUGUGCAGGAAUAUUAUCACCCUCACAUGAUUUCAGAUUUUCAGGAACCGCAGUAGCUUCUUCAGGAAAUUAAGAAUUCCUAUCCAACUAGGAUACGUCUGCUAUUGAUGCUACCAAGGCCUUUCUUUUCUUUGAAAUGUUUUUCUCCCCACCCAAAGAAUAUCAGUCUCAUAACCAGUUGUCCUUGUGACCCAGUUCAAACAGUUUUUAUUGCUUGUCCUUGACAAGGACACCGCCUUUUUUUCUUUUUUUUUUUUUAUUAGUGGGAAUCUUUGGACUGAAGGGAUGGGAUAACUAGGGAUUGGCUUUUGACGUAGUCCCUGUAACCAACAGGGAACAUAAAUCAUCUUUUUUUUUUCCAAACGGGAUUGGAUAAGAUUCUUUUGUAAUUAGUUUAAUUAAUCCAAAAAUAUUGUAAAUCCUGUAGUGUUAGGAUAUAAUAUUGAACCCAUAUUGCACACUCAAAAUGUUUAUAUUUAGUGGAGAGGUCUUAUAUAUGACCUUUAAAAAUAUUUUUAUUAAAGUCUUAAAUUGGGACUCCAUCCUUAUUCUUUACUACCCAAACCCAAAUGGGCUCACGGGUGAGGAAGCGCCUAAGCCCUGUUGACUUGACCUAGUCUGGUUGCCAGCUAGUCUCAGUAAAUAGGGAUUCUAGGAGAGUUUGUAGUAGAUGUCUGUCAACCAACCACAGCUGCCAUUUUGUUAUGUACUCCAUUUUUACUAUGUGGCUUCAACACGCAACUACUCAGCUCCACUCAGUCUCUUUAUGCUCAUCCCUAGAGUGGGCCAACGGUCCUCUCGUUUUCUAUGGGACUCUCAACUCGUCCUCAACUGGCAAAAGAGCUGUUCAAAAGACCAGGACUACACAAGAGUAGCAACUCUAGGAAAAAAAAAUUUUUUGAUUGCACAGUGCUUUCCCUUUACUGCUAACAGUAUGGUUCCUUACAUACUGUACCACUGCACAUUUCGAGUUUGUUUUGUCUCCGUGGCAAACCUUCCUGUUUGCCGGAGCCAAGAAAAUAAAUGCAGUGAAAAACUUUAUAGCUAUUAAAUAGCCAUCAGGUAAUUUUUUUCAAGCUGGAAAAAAAAAGCCCUGUAGCAAAAGUACAACUACACUUGAACUUAAAUCAGUCAGUGCAAUGCAGUGACUCAUCUUUUGUCUCAUGACUUGCCUUUUACACAAUGAGCCGCUGGUUGCUGUUGUUGGAUUGCAAUGCCUCAUUUAUAAAUCCACCACUUACAUGUUAUUUUUUUUAAAUAGUACAAUCAUGGAAAUGAAUUUUAACCACACCUCACUGUAGCAAGACUUCACUUCCUUUCGUAUUCAGCUUUGCAACUUUUUAGCCUGUGCUUUUUGCCGUGGGUAGGUUUCUUAUUUGUGUUAUGCACACUUAAAUACAUAUUUUCUCUAUGUGCAAUAAACCAUAGACAUAUGCCUCGGUGACCGUGGACUUGACAGAGCACCAGCUGUGUGUGUACGAGAGUUCUACAUCAGAACAGGCGCAGGCACAAACAACACUUCUAUGUGUGAAUCAGCAUCCACCUGUGUCAACUGUUUGUUCACCUUUGACACCUUGCAUACCAAGAUCAGAACUCUCACCUGGGAGCUCUUUUUUUUUUUUACAAUAUUAAAUAUUUUAAUUAUUA